CAUCUCCAGCCGCUUUCCGCCGCUCACGGUUUUCCUCUCUACUACUUUGACCGAGACGCGACACACGGGCAUGCUGGGCACCGGCGAUUUUCGGGACGCUUCCCGCGGUGAAGGCGCGAGACUACGCGGCGAGACCGAGAGGAAGCGCUUAUCUCUGCGAAUCACACAGGACGAAGGACGCAAGUAUCAUCACUAUUGCAACCACAGUGGUGGAGGGCUGAAGAUGGAGAGAAACCAAUAUCAGCGGACUGAGAUAGAAGCAAAUACCGCGCUACAACAAGAACAGCAGCUGCUAAUGGAGAAGAAGGCCAUAAUAAUUCAGAGGGCUUGGCGUACUUUGUUGGAGCGCAAACAAGGCUGGCAGGAGGAGCCGAAGAACCUCAUAAAUCAUUUUGAGAUGGUGUCACAGGAAGACGCCCUUCCCACUAACCUUCCCCCUGGAGAGCUGGGUCAAAACCUCACACUGGACAAGCUGAAGACACUGCAGAGCAUGAAGCUCAUCUCUGAUGGAGGAUACCCUCUGCAAAAUGUCCAGCCUGCUUGGCAAGAAUUCCUGCAAGGACAGGAUAUCCUGGAAAAGCGAAGUCCUUCCCCUCUCUCGCUCUCUUCCUCAGACAAGAUGAGUACUUCAGUGAGCAUGACCACUCUAUCAGAUGGCUGCACCCCUGAUGAAGGGCGCAAGUAUCAUCGCUUCUAUGAUCACAGUGGUGAUGGACUGGGAGGAUUCAAGAUGGAGAGAAACCACCAUUACCGGACUGAGGGGGAUGAUAAUGCUGCACAUCUACAGGAGCAACAGCUGCUAAUGGAGAAGGCCAUAUUAAUUCAGAAGGCCUGGCGAACUUUGUUGGAGCACAAACAAGGCUGGCAGGAGGAGCCAAAGAACCGCAUAAAUCAUUUUGAGAUGGUGUCACAGGGAGACGCCCUUCCCACUAACCUUCCCACUGGAGAGCUGGGACAAAACCUCACACUGGAUGAGCUAAAAACCCUUCAGAACAUCAGUGAUGGAGAAUACCCUCUGCAAAACAUCCAGCACGCCUGGGGGGACUUUCUGCAGAGACAGGAUGGCUUGGAGAAGCGGAGCCCCUCCCCUCCAUCACUUUCUUCUUCGGACAAGAUGAGCACUUCAAUCAGCAUGACCACCCUGUCAGAUGGCAGCACCCCUGACUACCGGGAGGACGGUAUGGACUUGGCGAGCGACGCUUCAAGCCGCUCGGGCUCCGAGUCCAACUCGAACUCCAACAAGGUGACCCCAUGCUCGGAAUGCAAGUCCUCACCGAGCCUGGAGCUGGCCGCCCUGGAUGACUACGAUGAGGAGGACGAGGAAUUCCAGCAGUACAAGAAGCGUGUCAUCGAGGACUGGGAAAACGAAUACGAUGCUGACAACCAGAAUGGCCAAGACAGAACCUUGCGGAAGGCAGUAAACGGCCGCAGCCUGGCCGAGGAGCUCCAAGAGGUGAAGAGUUCACCAGCCACUGCGUCUGAGGAACUCAAGCAGAACGGCAACCUGAUCCUGCCCAGGAAACCCCAGGCCAAGGCCAUUCCCAAGACCCCUGGUACAGGUGGAGGUGGUGGUGGAGGGGGACUGGGAGUUGGAGGUAUGGGCUUGGAGGGGUGUUAUCGCCUCGGGGGUUACAGAGAGGACAGUGUGGUGGAGGAGGAGAGUCAGCUUCCCACCAUGGACUGGGCAGCGCUCGAGAGGCACCUGGCUGGAUUGCAGUUCAGGGAGCAGCAGGAGAACCACAACAGGAACCUGGGAAGGACCAACUCCAUGAACGCCCAAAAAAAUGAGCGGGAGUCCAUCAGACAGAAGCUGGCACUGGGGAGUUUCUUUGACGAUGGACCUGGAAUUUAUACCAGCUGCAGCAAGAGUGGCAAACCUAGCCUGUCCUCACGACUACAGAGUGGCAUGAACCUGCAGAUCUGCUUUGUUAAUGACAGUGGGAGUGACAAAGACAGCGAUGCAGAUGACAGCAAGACAGAGACCAGUCUAGACACACCUCUGUCCCCUAUGAGCAAACAGAGUUCAUCGUACUCAGACCGUGACACCACAGAAGAAGACUCUGAGUCUCUGGAGGACAUGGACUUCCUGAGCAGACAGAAGAAGCUGCAGGCCGAGGCCAAACUGGCACUGGCGAUGGCCAAACCCAUGGCCAAGAUGCAGGUGGAGGUGGAGAAACAGAACCGCAAGAAGUCACCAGUGGCAGAUCUGCUCCCACACAUGCCCCAUAUCAGUGAGUGUCUGAUGAAGAGAAGCCUAAAGCCCACAGAUCUGCGAGACAUGACCUUGGGUCAGCUACAGGUCAUCGUCAAUGACCUCCACUCACAGAUUGAAAGUCUGAAUGAGGAGCUCGUGCAGCUGCUGCUUAUUAGAGAUGAGCUACACAUGGAGCAGGAUGCUAUGCUAGUGGACAUCGAAGACCUGACUAGCAGAACGGCAUUAACUUGCUAUCGGGAGCAAAUUUGGGGUUCAGUGCCCAAGGACACUUCGGCACGUGGAGUCGUGAGAAGCCGGGAAUCGAACCGCCAAACCUACGAUUAGCGGACAACCCGCUCUAGCACCUGAGCCACAGCCGCCCAUGGAUACCUUUAUCCAUGAACUAAUCCCUCAUUUCUAAGCAUUAAAAGGUAACUGAACUCCACUGAGUCUUGUUAGUUGCUUCGUAAGCAAAGAAUUUUCUGUCGCUGGUCCUUCACAACUUUUAGUCAUUAAGGUCCAACUCUUUUCUUUUUCCAGUCUUUAACUGCCCACUGUAACCUCAGAUCCCAGUUCCUCACAGGAGUGGAACCUAAUGUGGUCCAGCGUGUUGAAGAUGCUUUUCUUCUCACCAUUAGUUGAGUUACCAUAGCUGGAUGGGUUUUAUUUUUUUUCAUUAUUGUUGUUUGUUUAUUAUCGCCAGAGACUGUUGUAUGUGAAAUGUCCAAGAGAUCAUUUCGGUUUCUGAAAUACUCAAACCAGCAACAAACCACCAACAGCCAUGGCACUGAGUUUCCCCUCACUCUGAUUGAACAUUAACUAUAGCUCCUGACCAGUAUCUGCCUGAGUGUAUGUAGUGCACUGCUGCCACAUGAUUGGCUGACUGGAUAACUGCAGUAAUGAGCAGGUGCUCCUAAUAAAGUGAUUCACAGAGCAUUUUGGAAACUUUUGGAACAAAGCCAUGAAUUCACACAGGCUAACCCUGAGAAAAAUGUAUGCAUUGAUAUAGAGUGUGUGUGUGUGUGUGUGUGUGUCU